AUGGGAGCGAGAACUGUGGAUGUGUGGAAUGACAGGUGGGUUCCGAAUCAAAAUGGGGGCCUGAUUAAACCAAUCGACACCUCAAAUCGCUUCACUCCUCUCUUGGUAGCUGAUUUGGUCAAUGAGAACAGAUGUUGGAAUAUUGGGCAUCUUGAGCCUUUCCUUGAACCAAAGGAUAUAAGAGCCAUCAAAGCAAUUCCUAUUGGAAGACCUGCAGUUGAUGACAUCCUGGUAUGGCCCCAUACAAAGAAUGGGACUUACUCUAUUAAAAGUGGUUAUCACAGGUUGGUUGAUUCGUCCAAGCUUAAGAAGGCCAGUAAGCCCUCCUCAUCUCACCGGGUUGAUCGAAGCAUCUGGAGAUUGAUCUGGAACCCAAGAAACAUCCCAAAGAUCUCCAACUUUCUCUGGAGAGCAGUCUCUGAUGCUCUCCCCACCGCCCAGAAUGUCUACAAACAUAGGAUAACCAAUACUCCUCUAUGUCCCAUCUGUGGUGAAUUCCCGGAAACUCCAGAGCACUCCCUUCUGCUAUGCCCGUGGACAGCCAAUGUUUGGUUUGGAAGUCCCCUGAGCUAUAUUCCGGAGAAACAGAGCAUCACCUCCUUGGAGGCUUGGCUUCUUGGGAUCCAAAAGAAGGGUCUCUCUCUGACUGAUGGCGCUGAUGAGUUUGUCCAGUUAGUUUGUGUCCACUUGUGGGAGAUUUGGAAGCACAGGUGUGAGAUUGUGUUGAGACAGGUAACUCCCAACCCCUCGUUUGUCAUUGAGAACUCCAGACGUUGCUUCUCGGAAUGGGUAGAGGCAUCCAAGUUGGAAGGGAAUGCACCCUCUGUUUCUUCUCCACCAGGCCGGAAUCUUGCCUAGCAUCCCCCCACCUACCCUUCUAUGAAAGUAAAUGUCGAUGGAGCUUGGGAUAGUGAAUCCCUUAAUAGUGGGAUAGGGGUCAUUAUAAGGAACCACAUGGGUUUCUCUAUAGCGGGGGCGAGCAUCCAUGAAAAGUUCAAUUCUGCAAUUGAAGCAGAAGCAGCUGCUGUUGUUAAAGGCCUGCAACUAGCAGCACACUUGAAGCUGCAACAGAUUAUUUUGGAAGGUGAUUGUCAGGAGGUAAUUUCGGCCAUGGAGGACCCCUCUGUGAAUCCCAACUGGAGGAUCUCCCCGAUGAUUGCUAUGGUGGCUCAUCUCCAACCUCUCUUCAGAGGGAUUAAGUGGAACUGGAUCUCACGAGAAGCUAACCGUGUUGCAGACGCAGCGGCGAAGCUAGCAAAACUGAGGUUGUGCUCCCAGGAUUGGGCCAACAGGCCCCCGACCUCUCUUCUCUCUAUCUUGAGGAAUGAUGGCCUGCCUGGUCCCCCUUCUUCUCUUGACUGUUAGGUUGGACUUGUUAUGUGUCUUCUUUUGCUGGGAACUCUUUCCUGUGUUGUUCUUUCUAGUUUCCUCUGUUUUCCCUGUAGUGUUGUCUACUUCUUGUACUUCCUCUUGCCCUCGUGGCUUAAUCAAUUAUGAUCUUCUGACCCAAAAAAAAAAAAA